GGUACCCAAGGGUCUUGGACUCUUGAGAAAUAAAGUCUUUUGUAUCAUCAAGAGAAUUUCUUUUUUACGUGACAAGAUACUCGUUAAUCUAGAUUCAGACCGUUCGAUAAUUCGCAGCUAAUCGCCUUAUACUCUUAUAUCCUUGUAUUAUCGCUUGAGAUUGCGUCCGUAUUUUUAUACUGAUUGGAGGAGAGCCGGAACAUUUAAAUUUGUCGUUGUUCAACGGUUGCGCGUAGCGGUGACAUUGUUUUGCCCGGAGUUUAUUUGUUUUUACAUUACUCAUAAUCUAACGGACUCGACAAUCCGAGGCAAAACCAGAACAUGAUUCGAAAUGUCCUUUGACUCAUGUUCCGCUACAAAAUUAUAUGAAGAAAAAAGGAUUUAAAUAUAAAAAAAUAUAUUUCUGAUGUAAUAAAAGAGGUCUUCUUAAAUUUUAGAGUUCUUCAGCACUAGAAAAUUUGAGAUAUCGAUGAAAUGCCAGUAUUUAUUUUCCAUUCAUCGUGUUUUAUAUUAUUUUACGCAUUAAAGACCAAAAUUGGGCGUUUACGUAAUAUUUAAUUUAUGCGCUUUUUAAUCCAUUUAAAUUAAUGAAUUCCUUAUUUUCCGACGAUUUCGAAAAAUUGUUACCAAAAUAUUAAUUUCUAUAUCGUUCGAAAUAUGAAAGUCACAAUGAUCGGAACUAUUAAGGAAGUUAUUAAGUUUUCUUCUUAUCGCUAAAUCAUUCGAUGGAUUACGCGUAUACGAUUCCAUCUAUAUUUCUUACGGUUGCAGACGAUUCUGGUGUAGUAUUUAAUUACAUACGCCCAAAUUAACAUUUCGCGUGAUUUAGAAGUAAAAUCGAGUAAAGAAAUUUCAUCAACAUUCACGAGCCGAAAUAAUAAUAUAUAAAUAAAUAAUAUAUUUUACAAAAUAGAAAAUAAACGAAUUGUGGGUCAUCCAAUGGAUGCGCUUGUUUGCCGAAUCGAUCCAAAAUGGCAAGAAUAUUGAUACUGUUCCUUAUUAAUCUGAUUUUCACGAAUCUUCUACUUGGAGACGUGAUCAGCUCUCAAAUCGACGAACCAAGCUAUAAACUACCAGUAGAAGCCAAACCAAAUUUUUAUGAGCUAGAUUUGACAGUGAAUUUGAAUUCAAAUUUAUCAGAAACAGACUUCAAAUUUACCGGAGAAGUGAAGAUCUACAUUGUAGCUGAAAUUCAGGAUGCCCAGUCAAUAACACUGAACAUGAUGAACCUAACUGUGAAAAAUAUUACCCUGCACGAUUUAAAUAAAACCGCUAUUAAGGUGAAUAGUUUUACAUCUGACGAAGUACAUGAAUUAUUAAUUAUUACGCUUGAUGACAAGCUUAAGAAGGGAAACCAAUACUUGCUUACUGUGAGCUACUCUGGAGUCGUGAACAAUGAAGUAACAGGAUUUUACAGGAGCAGAUCUACCGACAAAAAUGGCAAUCUAAUAUAUAUGGCUGCGACUCUUUUCAAGCCAACAGGUGCACGGUUAGUGUUCCCUUGUUGGGAUGAGCCUGCUUUCAAGGCACGCUUCAACAUUUCUAUAACCCAUCCGAAAUCUUACCAUGCAAUUUCGAACAUGCCUCCGUUGCCAGUUGAAGAACCAAAAGUGAAAAACGACAUGAAGACAACUAAGUUCAAAACAACUCCUCGGAUAUCCACUUAUUUAGUGGCAUUCAUAGUCUCCAAGUAUGAAUGCAACGAAGAUGGUAUGUUCAGGGUGUGUACUAAGCCACAGGCAGUGAAUCAGACACAUUACGCCUUCGAGAAGAGUAAAGAAUUGCUAGACGCUUUAAAUGAAUAUACCGCCAUCAAUUUCACCCAUUAUAUACCAAAAAUGGAUCAGGUAUCGCUGGAGGACUUUCCGCUAGGCGCUAUAGAGAAUUGGGGCCUCGUCACUUACAUGGAGCCCGAUUUCCUUUAUCAAGACGGUGUUACCACAACUUAUACGAAGCAAAGUAUAACUAUGAUUAUAGCUCACGAAUUUGCGCAUCAGUGGUUUGGAAAUCUUGUUAGUCCAGAAUGGUGGACGUGGAUUUGGUUGAAUGAAGGAUUUGCAGAGUACUUCCAAUAUAUUAUUACUCAUAAGGUACUACCCGAAUGGCGAUUAGACGAAGUGUUUGUCGUUGACAAUAUACAAGGAAACGCUUUCAUUGUAGAUGCAGGUGAAAAUUCGCGUCCCAUGAACAUGGACGCGAACACGCCUGAAGAAAUUAGUAACUUGUUCGACGAUAUUGCGUAUCAGAAAGCGGCGUCAGUUAUUCGAAUGAUGUCACACAUCUUGACAGAAAACGUUUUCCACGAAGGUUUAAAGGAAUACCUGAAGCAGAAUGCAGAGAAUGUUGCAAAUUCGACAAAUCUUUUCGAGCAUCUUGGAAAGAAUAAAAAAUGGGAUGGAGCUUCGUUCGGGGAAAUCAUGGACGGAUGGGUGAACAACGCAGGAUAUCCGGUUGUGAAUGUGAAACGAAACCAUGACAAUGAACUGCAGUUAAGUCAAGAACGAUUUUCAUUUUAUGAAACUAAAAAUGACGCAAACUGGUGGGUGCCUAUAACUUACGUGAAGUCGUCCAGCAUGGACUUUAAUAAUACAUCUCCAAUUAUGUGGUUAAAACCAGGCCGUAAUGAAAGGAUAAGGUUUAAUAAGACAGAGAGGUGGAUUAUUGUUAAUACGCAGCAAGCAGGUUAUUAUCGCGUGAAUUAUGAGCCAGAAAUGUGGAAACUGUUGUCGAUGCAGCUGAAUUCGGAUAACUAUAAGAAUAUCCACGUCUUGAACCGUGCUCAGUUAAUCGAUGAUGCCUUAAACAUGGCUCGUACUAACCGAUUGAACUAUACGGUUGCAUUGACACUCACACUUUACCUUGAGAGAGAAACAGAUUACGUGCCCUGGCGUACGACUUUCAACAAUAUGCAAUUCUUGCACGACAUGUUACGUACUUCUGAGCAAUAUAAUAUUUUCAUGAGUUAUAUUCGGACAAUAAUGAAAUCCGUGACGAGUCAAGUGAGGUAUGAGCCGUAUCAGAAAGGCGAAGAGCUCGAUAUCGUGAAACUUCUUAGGGUAUACGCAAUGGGAUGGGCCUGCAGAGCUGGUGUUGACGAAUGCAAACGUUAUACCAACAGAGAGUUCAACGCAUGGUUAAGUAAUUCCAGUAGAUCAUUCGACAUUGACUUGAAAGACAAUAUUCUCUGCGACGGAAUAAGAUCUGCAAAUAAAGAAGCAUGGAACUACACUCUGACCGAAUUCCUGAAAACGAAGGACGAAGGCGAAAAAAAGAGUUUAUUUUCUCUCUUGGCAUGUUCCCAGUCAGUAGAUCUUGUGAAGGAAUACUUGCACAUGUCCAUUCAGGAAAACGCAAUUGUGACAUUUGAUAAUGCAGUUCUAGAUGUAAUGUCUCAGAACGUAAAGGGUGUCAGCAUUGCUCUCGAAGUGCUCUCCAGCGAAGUUGAGAAGAUAAAAAAAUUGAACAAAGCCGAAGACAUCAUCAAAUCUAGUGUUGACAUAAUUGCAAGCGCAAUUACAAAUAAGGAACAAUUUAGGCAGUUAAUUAUGUUUUUGGCGAAGGAGAGAUUUGAACCAGACAUUGUUCAUACUACCUUAUUGAAGGCACUCAGAAAUUUGGUCUGGCUUAACGUCCAUCAAAAAACUAUUGAGAACUGGUUGUACACUCACAGGGACUAUUUCAACUCAACCCGUGUGCUGUCGUCUGAAACGAUUUUCAUUACAGUCUCAACAUAUAUUUUAGAUGUUAUUAGAACCUUAUUCAGGUGAACUGUAGUUGGAAUGUAUUUAAUUGGUACAUCGAAAAACCGAGGCGCAAAAAGAUACAAUCAAGUACUAGAACGAAUCGAGAAUGAUCAUCUAUAUAGAAUACAUUAACACGAUCAUGGAAUCAAUAAUUCGAUAGAGAGAUAUAAUAUACAAUCCGUGAAGAUUUGGAAUAUUUUUAUAAUUUAAUAUGUAAUGAUAAUUGUAGGGAAUGAUGUUUGGUCCAAAUAUAUUUUUAUACUAUGUUAAAAAAUGUAUAAUAAAGAGUGAAAUCAUAA